AUGGUCGCCAUCAAAACUUUUGAAUUAAGAACCAAGUCCAAAGAACAAUUGGAAGAACAAUUGGUUGAAUUGAAGAAAGAAUUAGCCAACUUGAAAGUCCAAAAAUUACAAAGACCAAGCUUACCAAGAAUCCACAUUGUCCGUAAAAACAUUGCUAGAGUCUUGACCAUCAUCAACUUGAACCAAAGGGAAAAUGUCAAGGCUUUCUACAAGGGUAAAAAAUACCAACCAAAGGACUUGAGAGCUAAGAAGACCAGAGCUUUGAGAAGACAAUUGACCAAGUUUGAAAAAUCACAAGAGACUGAAAAGGCCAAGAAGGCCAGAAUCACUUUCCCACAAAGAAAGUACGCUAUCAAGGCUUAA